AUGUCUGUCCAAUAUGACUCUUCAGAAACCCUGUUGAACGCUACCUGGGUGGCUGUUUUACUGAGCGAACGAGAUGUGGCUGGUCAAAUUCCACUUAAUUAUGUGACAAACCCUGCUGUGUCACUGUCAGCGGCCUGCUUUGGAAACCGCAUCUAUGAUCGACAAGACGCUGCAAAAUGUUUCUCUAAUCUUGUCGCAGUUGGGUACCGACGUCUUGUUGUCGAUCUAUAUUGGUCGGUCAACCGUAGGACUUGGUCUUUCUGUCCGGUGUCUGUUCCAGCCGAAUCUAAAGUGACUGUAUCCUCGGCUGGACACUCUCUCUAUGAGCUAGGCUCAUACAAGUGCACCAACGACCUCGAUCCCUACACCUUGGCGGAAGUGCUUGUAGGUUAUUUCCGUGACACAAACUCACGUUUGACCGUGUACACAACCUAUCUCGUUCUUAAUCUCCAUGUCGCCGCAAGUGACUCCACGCCAGAUGAUCCUGCUCCUACCAUCUCAGAGGGUCAAAUGCCAUCGGGAACUGAGCUAGCCGGCUCGAUCCUCGGGAUGGCCCUUCAGGACUUUAUCUAUAGCCCAGCUCAGCUUGCCUCGGACCGAAGAAAUUUAAACCAGUCAUGGUACAAGGUCGAGCAGGGCUAUAUGCCCAUCACAGAGUAUUUCACCGUCCAUGAAAAUGAAGCGGGUGAGCAGAGCACUCCGGAUGGCUGGCCAUCGUCAAAGUACAUUCAGCUUGCGAAACGCGAUCGAGUACUCAUUGAAUACGGCUCUAUCGAUUCCCAACUGAUGAAUUACAAUCUGUCUACCGAAGAAAAUUUGGUCUUUCCUCCCGGGCAACUGACCUCUGAAGUGGAGAUCUCCACAACCACCAACAACACUGUCCCUAAAGGCUGUCUGUAUGAGCCUGGGCUCACACGCGUGUCUCAAACCAACUCAUCAUGGGCUAUAUCCAGUCGCUUUCCUGUCCCUGAUGGUCUUUCGACAGAUGAGACGAUGGCUUCACUGUCGAAUGUUCUCUCUGACAUUACAGCUUGUGGUCUCUCGCCAAUGCUCAACACCACCCUCUUCGGCCAGACUGCAGACCAGCAAGUUGAACAUUACCGUAAUGUCUCCCUCGCCUCUUCCUGGGCUUGGGCUAUCGGUGAGCCACAUGAUGCAAAAUAUGGCGGUGGCAGCGGUGGCGACGGUGACCCCAAGUAUGACCGCUGUGCGAUCAUGGAUCUAACGCUGGACGGCCACUGGCGAUCUACGAAUUGCACUGAGCAGCGGCGUGGCGCCUGUCGAAUCGGUAAUUCGCCUUUCUCCUGGGUCCUGUCAGACUCGACCGAAUCUUUCUCCAAUGUGUCGAACACCUGUCCGCCAGGAUCGAGCUUCGCUAUACCGCGCACUGGUCUCGAAAACACGUAUCUCUACAGACACCUUCUCUCUCUGCCAGAGACAGAAGUUGACUUGAGUUCUACAAAUCCCACCCAUCGAGAGGUGUUCGUAGACUUCAACUCGAUAGAUGUUACUUCCUGCUGGGUAUCCGGUGGCUAUGAGGCGAGGUGUCCCUAUGCCUCUGACCCGCAGCAAAUCAAGCGCAGAACUGUGCUUGUGGCUUCAAUUGCGGGUAUCAUCAUUCUUAUUAUCACGGCCUUGACUUUCUUUGUCAAGUGCAACGCCAACUGCCGAAAUUCCCGGCGUAGAAAGCGUGUCAUCGAAGGAUGGGAAUAUGAAGGUGUUCCCUCAUGA